UAUCUUUUUUUUAAACCUCAUUGCCUGGUUGAUUAAGUACUAGAAGUCGAGGAGGAAACAAAAAAUGGAGCUGUAAGACACGUCCUCAAGUCAAACAAUGGAGCUCCAAAUAAAACUCCUCAAUAUCGGGGUCUUUCUUCUCAAUUCAAUACUCUCUCUCCAUUUUCUUCUCUCCCCUCUGUUUCUUCGUCCUUCUGUCCUCUCAGUCAGAGGACAGAAAAUUGAAAAAAAAAACCAUAAAAUCCUUAAAUUCAUGUGGAAAUUAUGGGUAGCAAGAAGAAAGAAAAGAAAGAUCACAGCUCUCCGAAAAUCAUCGGUACGAACAACAGCGGCAACAAUGGAGGAGACGCUACUUGUCGUUACAAGAUGUUUCUUUUCAAGAGGAAGUUCAAGAUACAGGAACCGGAGCCGCCGCUGGACGUUAAACGGGCCUUUUUGAAAUAUUCAUACGACAGUCUUCAUAUGGACCCUGAUGGGCUCCAUCGCUUUUUCGUUGAGCACCAACAGGAGGUCGACCUCCCCAUUUCUCGAGUUCAGGAUAUUAUAAAAGCUGUUAUUCUUAGUCGAGAUAAUGUAACUAGAGAAACGCUAAAUGGACUCACCAUCGAUGAUUUCUUUUAUUUUCUCUUGUUUGAUGACGAGUUUAAUGGCCCCAUCAAACUCCAGGUACACAAUGAUAUGACUGCUCCAUUGGCCAAUUAUUUCAUAUAUACAGGUCACAAUUCCUACCUAACUGGGAAUCAGCUGAGCAGUGAUUGCAGUGAUGUUCCAAUUAUAAAGGCAUUGCUAAGAGGCGUGAGAGUUAUUGAGCUAGAUUUAUGGCCUAAUUUUAACAGAGAUGAUAUUCAAGUUCUUCAUGGAAGGACCUUGACCUCUCCAGUUUCACUUAUCAAAUGCUUGAAGUCCAUUAAAGACUAUGCUUUUUCUACUUCUCCAUACCCAGUGAUUAUAACUUUAGAAGAUCAUCUUCCAAGAGACCUUCAAGCCAAAGUUGCAGAGAUGCUGAAUCAAGUAUUUGGUAAAAUGCUGCAUUAUCCGCAAUCAGAGCCCUUAGCAGAAUUUCCUUCACCAGAGUCAUUGAAACACCGGAUUAUCAUCUCCACAAAACCACCAAAAGAGUACCUUGAAAAAGUCACAAAGACCAGAUUAAAUAAUAUAAAGGGUAACGAAGAAAAUUUACAAGAAUUAGAAUCAGCUGAGGACAGUGACCCAGAUGAUUUUGAAGUAAGUGAAGGUCCCAGUAAGUCUAGCUCACAAGCGGCUCCUGAAUACAAGAAGCUAAUCACCAUUCAUGCCGGAAAACCAAAGGGCCGCUUAAGGGAUGCACUAAAAACUGCUGCUCAAGUUAAACGGCUUAGUUUGAGUGAGCAAGAACUUGAGAGAGCUGCCUUAUCUUAUGGAACUGAUGUUGUAUGGUUUACACAAAAGAAUAUAUUGAGAGUGUAUCCGAAGGGAAUGCGAGUGAACUCUUCAAAUUAUGAACCAGUUGUUGGAUGGACUCAUGGAGCUCAGAUGAUUGCAUUUAACAUGCAGGGAUAUGGGAAAUCUCUCUGGGUGAUGCAUGGCAUGUUUAGAGCUAAUGGCGGGUGUGGUUAUGUGAAGAAACCAGAUUUUCUAAUGCAUCAGGGUCCCUGUGAAGAAGUUUUUGAUCCUAAAAGAUCAUUGCUGGUUAAAAAGAGACUGAAGGUGAAAUUAUACAUGGGAGAUGGAUGGCGCCUGGAUUUUAGCCAGACACACUUCGACAAGUAUUCACCGCCAGACUUUUACACAAAGGUGUGCAUUGUUGGGGUGCCAGCUGAUAAAGCCAAAAGGAAAACCAAGAUAAUUGAGGAUAACUGGUGCCCAGUUUGGAAUGAAGAAUUUAUAUUUGAUCUAACAGUUCCAGAAUUGGCUCUUCUCCGACUUGAAGUCCGAGAAUACGAUCUAUCGGAAAAGGAUGAUUUCGGCGGACAAACAUGCUUGCCCGUCAUAGAAUUGAAAAGAGGAAUCCGAUCAGUCCCACUUUAUGAUAAAAAGGGGGAGAAACUGAAAUCUGUAAGGCUCCUAAUGGGGUUUGAUUUUGAAGCUGUAUAACUUGUAGUGUAUAAUGACUAUUCAAUUCUUCAAGGAUUAAAAAAAAAAUUCAUAUACCAGUAGGCCUUUUCCCGUGGGCUUUGAAGAACUGUUUGUUGUGAAGACAAGACAAACUGUAACUAUUGAUUUUUCCAUUUGUUCUGGAUGAUCAUUUUGCACAA